AUGUCUGUACGCGAACUUCUGCUCUUACUGGGAUGGCUUAUUUCAAUUGCGUUUGGUGAGAAUUUAAGGCCACCUUAUUUAAAUCUUGCUCGUGAAAAACAUAUAACUGUAUCAGCUACAUCAACAUGCGGUGAAUUUAUUGACAAAGACAAUGCGAAUAAAACUAAACACAAAAAGGAAUUGUAUUGUAAAUUAACUGGUUCAUCGCCUUAUGAAAAAGACUACAAAGAUUCAAAUUUAAUCUAUGGCCAAUACUGUGAUCAUUGUGAUCAUAGUGUAUCCGAUAAAAAACAUAUUGUUAAUUAUACUAUAGAUGGAACAGAUCGAUGGUGGCAGUCCCCACCCUUAUCACGAGGUAAUGAAUAUCAGAAAGUAAAUGUAACAAUAAAUCUUGGUCAAGAAUAUCACAUAGCUUAUAUUUAUAUUCGUAUGGCUAAUUCACCUCGACCGGCUGUCUGGUCAUUGGAACGAUCAACUGAUUAUGGAAAAACAUUUUCCACAUGGUAUUAUUUUGCUAGUGAUGUUGAAUGCCGCUCAAUUUUUGGACUUGAGCCAUUCUACAAUCAUUCAUUUGUACGAGACGAUGAUGUUGUUUGUGAAACAAAAUAUGCUAGUAGAAUUCCAUUAGAAGGAGGAGAAAUGGUGGUAUCAUUAAUUAAUGAUAGACCAAAUAUAAAAAAUUUCUCCAAUAGUGAUACAUUACAACAAUGGACACGUGCCACGAAUGUUCGUUUGAGAUUACUUCGACCAACGACAUUACAUUCACAUUCAAUUAUUCAUGACAGCCAUGACAAAUCAGUUACACGACGAUAUUUCUAUUCCAUUAGAGAUAUUGGUAUUGGUGGACAUUGCCAAUGCAAUGGUCAUGCCGAAUCAUGCGAUAAGCCUCAUGCAAAAGAUCCUAAUAAAAUGGUUUGUCGUUGCCGUCACAAUACAUGUGGAGAUUACUGUCAAGAAUGCUGCGAGCCAUUCUUGCAAAAGAAAUGGCGUCAAUCUCGUGAUUCAGAUACUGGCGCAUUCGAAUGUGAACCCUGCCAAUGUUAUGGUCAUUCAAGUGAAUGUGUUUAUGAUGAAAAAGUCGAAAAAGAAAGAUUAAGUAUUGAUAUACACGGAAAAUAUGAAGGCGGUGGACGUUGUAUUAAUUGUGAAGACAAUACAGAGGGCAUCAAUUGUGAACGAUGUGUACGAGGAUAUUUUCGAAAUUUUACACGUAAAGUUAGCGAUACUGAUAUGUGUCAACAAUGUAAAUGUGAUCUGAAAGUUUCCACUGGUGCUUGUGCUGAAGGUACAGGAACAUGUGAAUGUAAACCACAAUUUACUGGUUUAGCAUGUGACGAAUGUGCUGUUGGAUAUUUUGAUUAUGCUGCUGGAUGUAAACCAUGUUUAUGUUCUGUUAAUGGAACAGCUGAUAAUAAGUGUUUACCUGAUUCUGGUCGAUGUGUAUGUAAAAUGAAUUUCGAAGGCGAUUAUUGUGAUCGUUGUGCACCUGGUUAUUAUAAUUUUAAAGCUGGCUGUAUUCCAUGUGAAUGUGAACGAGCUGGUAGUGAUGGAAAUAUUUGCGAUGCUGAAACUGGCCAAUGUCCAUGCCGAUUAAAUUAUCAAAACCGAACAUGUAAUACGUGUAAAAAUGGUCACUUUGGGUAUCCUGGAUGUUUACCAUGUGUUUGCAAUAAUAAUGGCUCAACAAUCGAAAUAUGUAAUAAAGACACAGGUCUUUGUAUAUGCAAAGCGAAUUUUACUGGACAAACAUGUGAACAAUGUGCAUCUGGGUUUUUCAAUCAUCCACUGUGUGAACCAUGCGCUUGUGAUUCAAUCGGAGUUGUUUAUGAUGCAUGUGAUCAACGUGGUCAAUGCCAUUGUAAGCCGAAUUUCGGUGGACGACAAUGUAAUCAGUGUGCACCUGGUUAUUUUCGUUAUCCGGAAUGUAUUCCGUGUUCAUGCGAUAUGCAUGGAUCAUUAGGUUUGAGUUGUGAUCAAGUCACAGGACAAUGUGUAUGUAAAAAUAACUUUUUUGGUGCCAAAUGUCAAGAAUGUGCAGCGGGAUUAUUUAACUUUCCUUAUUGUGAGGAAUGUAAAUGUGUGCCAGCCGGUGUUCGAAAUGAUUUUCCUGGUUGUGGUCGACAUAAUAUUCCAGGUGUAUUAUGUUUAUGUAAACAAAACGUUGAAGGACGACAAUGUGAUCGUUGUAAGGAAGGUUUUUGGAAUAUGAAAGGCAGUAAUCCACUUGGAUGUGAACCAUGCGAUUGUUCGGAUGAAGGUACGCUAGGUCAUUUAAAUACUUGUGAUGCUGUUACAGGUCAGUGUCCAUGUAAACUAACAACUCUAAAUUCGACAACACGUUGUGAUGUUUGUGCUGAUGGUUAUUAUGCAUUAAAACGUAAUAAUAUAUUUGGCUGUGAACCAUGUCGAUGUUCACUUGGUGGUUCGCUGCAUAGCAUAUGUGAUAAACUAACAGGUCAGUGUGUUUGUCGUCCGUCGAUUGUUGGUCGUGAUUGUAAUCAACCAGCCAUGGGACAUUACUUUCCUAGUUUACAUCAUUUACAAUAUGAACUUGAAGAUGGUCUAACAAAAAAAUAUCAAACACCAGUUCGAUAUGAAUUUGAUACAAAUGAAUUUGGAAAUUUUUCAUGGAAAGGUUAUGUUCGAUAUUCGUCCUUGCAAUCCGCAGUACAAUUACCUAUACAAUUAAUGAAACCAACAGCUUAUCGAGUUUUAAUUCGAUAUAGAACAUAUAAUGGAACAUCAACUAAUAAGAAUAGUCUAGAUUAUAAAAUGCCACAAAUCAAUGGUCAUUUUGUGUCAAUCGGAGAUAUUGGAACAACAGCUACACCAGCAGCAGGGGCACAAACAUUUGAUAUUGAUCUUCCUCUUUCGGAUCGACAAGCUACAUAUGCUACUGCUAGUACAUUCGUCACAAGUGAAGCUGCACCAUUCAAUGAAUAUUUAUUAACAUUAAAAACUACUGAUCCAAUUCUAGUGGAUUAUAUUAUUUUCAUUCCUAUUGAUUAUAUUGAAGCACAAGCACUUCAACAAACGGAUCCAUUUGCUUAUGGACGUCCAUGUGAAUGGGAUAAUUCAGAAGAAUGUUAUCAAUAUAAUUAUCCAUCAUUAAAUGGUAUGUCAAGUAUAAGUAAUCCAACAUCAAAUUCAGUAUCGAAUAGUUAUAUUGUUGAUUCAAAUCUUCUUCAAGAAUUAUCAAUUAAUUCAUUAACAACUAUUGAACGCGGUCGAGACUAUCGUUAUGAUUGGUUCAUGUCGAAACCUGGUCAAUAUUAUCUUCUUGUUGAUUAUCAUACGAUUAGCGCUGGUACAUCCUAUGCUCGAGUUCAAACUAUCGAUGGCGACAUGAUACCAGGAUCAUUAAUACUGACCGAAUGUCCAUAUACAUUUGUAUGUCGACAAAUAGUAACAACAUUGGGUAAUGGUGGUAAUCAACGAAUAACAAAACCAAAACUAAUGACGGUUACUGAUUCACGACGUGCUACAGUUAUAUUAAAUAUUGUGCAACAAACCGAUAGUAGUAGUCCUGUUGGUAUACAUAAGAUAACUGCGGUACCAGUUUCACAAUUUAAUUAUGAUCUUCUUCGACCGAAAUUUUCGUGUGUACGUGGCUCUGUUGAUGAUAAUUCACAUGGUUUAUCAAUUUGUGAUAAUUCAAAUAAAGCAUCAGCUAGCUCAUCGAACGCACCUAUUCAAAUAUUUCAAGCUGAAGAUUAUUAUAAUGAACAUUUAAAAACCAAUUAUUUUCCAUCGGCACCAGUCAAUACUUCGGUUGUUCCACUAAAUUUCUCUACACCAAAUAUUUAUGUUUAUGGACGUUUAACUGAUGUCUAUGCAAAAGCAGAAAACUAUCCAGCAACAUUUCAAUUUUAUAUUCAUUAUUAUCAAUCAAAUUCCUAUGGAGCUUCAGAUUCAACGCCAUUAACAGUUAUUUUUUAUAGUCGAACAGGUGAAAGUCAAAUUGGUGAAAUUGCUGCACCAGUAUGUCAACGACGUACACCUGGCGGUUGUUCUCAAAUAGUAACACUUCAAAAUGGUUCAACAGCUAUUCGACUUGAUGAACCUGAAUUUACUGUUUAUCUUGCAUUAGUUAAUCCUAAUACAUCGUUACUUAUCGAUUAUCUUACGACACAAAAGAUUGAACCAAUGAAAGAUAAAGUUGUAGCUGCGUCGCCUGCUCAAGCAGCCGCAGCCGUUGAUGGUGAUCGUGCUUCGAAAUUCGUUCAAGAAUGUAUAUCAAAGUCAGCUCCUAAUUAUGAUUUAAAAAUUGAAAAAGCAAGUCCAUUCUGUCGUCAAGCACUUUAUUCGUUGUCGUCAACAUUUAAUGAACAAGCGUAUCCGUGUUCAUGUGAUGUCCACGGUUCAAUAGAUCCCAAUGGUCAAUGUGAAUCUUAUGGUGGUCAAUGUACUUGUAGACGGGAUGUUAUUGGUCGACGAUGUAAUCGUUGUCGAACAGGCUAUUGGGGCUUUCCUGAUUGUCGUCCAUGUGCGUGUCCAACAAAAAUUUGCAAUGAAUUAACAGGUGAUUGUAUUUGUCCACCAAGAGUUACUGGUCGUUAUUGUGAUCAAUGUGCAUCGCGAACAUAUGGUUUUGAUCCAUUAAUCGGUUGUGAAGAUUGUCAAUGUCGUAUCGAAGGUGUCAUUAAUGGGCGUCUUGAUUGUGAUCUUCAAACAGGUCAAUGUCCAUGCCGAGAUAAUAUCGGUAGUCGAACAUGUGAUCGUUGUGCUUCAGGUCAUUAUGAUUAUCCACGUUGUCUUCGAUGUGAUUGUGAUUCGGAUGGUACACUUGAACCAAUAUGUGAUACAUAUACAGGUACAUGUUUAUGCAAAGAAAAUAUUUAUGGGCCAAGGUGUGACCGUUGUAUUGAUGGUACAUUUGCAUUAUCAUCGGACAAUCCAAAAGGAUGUACUAGUUGUUAUUGUUUUGGCGCAACAAAACUCUGCCAUUCAAGUUUAUUUAACUAUCGAGUUAUACGUAAUAUGUCCGAUUGGACAUUAAGUCGGUCCAAUAUACGUUAUGAUCGACGUGAAGGACGUUUAACAAUGUUUAUGAAUUAUGAUAAUCUUGAUCAAUCGCCAAUCUAUUGGUCGGCACCAAGACAUUAUCUUGGAAAUAAAAUUCUUGCUUAUGGUGGAAAUUUAACAUUUAAAUUAAGUUAUACAUCAUCAAUAAAUAAUUUUGAACAAAAUAUAAAUAAAAACCCAUUGGUUAUACUUCGCGGGCGAGAUUUAACAAUUGUUUAUUACUAUCCUCGACCAUUGGAAGCAAAUCGUCUUGAUGAAGAUGUUUCAAUAACACUAAAAGAAGCUAAUUUUCGUUUUCAAACACGCUCAUCAGCUGCUGUAACACGUGAAACAUUCUUACAAACACUUAGCGAUCUCUCAAGUUUACAUAUACUUGCAUGGCCAUAUUCGCCAGAUUCAACAACAAGUUCGAUUAUUGCUGUUCAAUUACAACAAGCCGAUCUUAAAUCAGCAAAUAAUCUCUCACCACAACGUUCAAUUGCGCGUACAAUUGAAGUAUGUUCAUGUCCACCGAAUUAUGCUGGCACGUCAUGUGAAACAUGUGCACAAGGUUAUUAUAAGCAAUAUGGUGGUACAAAUGGUGCACAUACUUACACGUGUGUACCAUGUAAAUGCAAUGGACAAAGUGAUUUCUGUGAUGUUGAAACUGGCCAUUGUUUAGCAUGUGAAAAUCAUACAACAGGUACUUAUUGUGAAAAUUGUAUGCCAGGUUAUAAUGGUGAUCCUACACAAAAUAUAUCAUGCCGUAUUUGUGCAUGUCCAUUAGCUGUUGAAUCAAAUAAUUUUGCAUUGACUUGUGAAAUGAAUGUAACAACAGGUGAAACAACAAAAUGCUUUUGUGAACAAGGUUAUUAUGGUGACAAAUGUCAAUCAUGUUAUCCAGGUAUUGUAAGACUAUAUAACGAUUUCUAUUCGUGGAAUGCAGCAUUUUGGGGUGAACCAAGUAAAGUUGGUAGUCGAUGUACACCAUGUGAAUGUAAUUCAAAUAUUGAUCCCUAUGAUUGGAAUGCUUGUGAUCAACAAAGUGGUCGUUGUGUUAAUUGUUUAAAUAAUACAGCUGGAAUUAUGUGUGAACGUUGUCGUGAAUGGUUUUAUGGUGAUGCUAUUCAAGCUAGAAAUUGUGCGCCAUGUGCAUGUUCACAAUGUGGUUCAUUGAGAUGUGAUCAUAUGUCUGGACGAUGUCAAUGUAAGCCUGGUGUCACUGGCCUUGCAUGCGAUAGUUGUUUGGAAAAUCAUUAUGGUUAUCAUGCAUGCACUAAUGAAGGAUGCAAACCAUGUGCUUGUGGUUUGGGUAGUAUUGGACCAUCGUGCGAUCUUUACACUGGCCAAUGCCAAUGCAAACCAGGUGUUGGUGGAAGGAAUUGUGACGUAUGUCUGCCAGGCUAUUGGUAUUUAAAUGUGGAUGGAUGUAAACAAUGUCAAUGUGAUCGAUUUGGAACCGUAAGAGAUUUGAGCAAUACAGGAUUAAGUUGUGAUGCACAAACUGGUCGAUGUUAUUGUAUCGAAGGCGUUCGAGGAGAACGAUGUGAUCAAUGUGAAGAAUAUUAUACGAUUGUUGAAGGUCGUGGUUGUCUUCCGUGUGAUAAAUCAAAUGUUGUACCUGAAGGUUGGUGUGCGCGUCAAUUAAUUGAUGAUGUUGAUCAGUUACGCAUAAAUAUAAAUCGAACAAUUGAAAAUGCUGAUCGAAUCACUGAAGGACAUACAGCCAAUGAACGUAUUCAACGUAUGCGUUUACGCGCAAAUGAAUAUCGUUUACUUGCUAAUAAUCUUCGUGGCAAUAGACAACGAUGUGCAUCACAUAUAAAUCCAUCAAAUUCAUUUUGUCUCAAUGAACAGAUUACUAAUUUAACUCGGAUGUUCGAUGAAUUCGACAAUGAUUUCAAGCAAACACAAAUUGAAGUUAAUCACGAACAAGAUGUGGUUAAAAGAUUACUAAAACGUGUUCAAGAAGAAUAUGAACGUGUAGUCGAACAAACACAAGCGAUGAGAAAUUUCGCUGAUGAUAUCGAAGCAUUCGCAGCAAAUUUAACACAACAUACAAAUGAUGAUCCUAAUUUUAUCAUUGAUCUUAUCGAUAAUGUUCACGAUAGUGUUGAACGAUUCAGUAUUGAAUCUGAACAAAAUGCCAUAAGAGAUUUCAGUCAAUCGGCUUCAUAUUUAUAUACAUAUCUUCAAUCGUUAAGUGAUGAUCUUAAGAGGCAUUUAAAUCAUAUCGAAAAACUGAAUAAUCAAACAUUCAAUUUUGAACAGCGUACAUCACACAUGGAAAAACACCUUCAAAACGCCCAUGAGAAACUUCAACGCAUAUCAAGUCAAGUCAAUUCAUUUGAUGAUAUUAUUUUAAUUCGUACGAAAUUAAAACAAAGUAUCACAUUAAAACAAACAACAGAAACUCAAUUAUCGAAUAUAACUGAAUCACUACAAGUUAAUCUAGCGACAAAUUUCGAAAGAUUACAAAAUGCAUAUUUUCGAACAUUAAACAAUGCAAAAAAUCUCAACGAAUCCAUACAGACCUUACAUUCAUCAGUCGAUGAAAUCAUCGAACAGAACCGUCGUGUUCAUCUUGAUGUUCGAGAAAUAUUUACCUAUGUGCAAAAUCUAACUGAAACAUCUCAAUAUCUUGAAAUUUUAUAUGAAAAUAUGAAAACACAAAAUAAUGCAACACUAUUUCCGGUAUUUGUCUAUAAGAAUAUUAUUGAUACAGUAAAUCUAUUGGAUUCAACAUCAAAUGAAUUACUGCAAAAUAUAUCCUAUUCACAAGAACAUAUCUAUCAACAACGACAACGAAUUGAAAGACUCGAAAAAGAACAAUUAAAUCAAUCAUUAUUAUCACCGUUAAAAACGCAAAUUAAACUUAAUAUUGAAGAUCAACAACGUUUAGAUCGUGCAACACGUGCAGCAAAUGCCUACGAUGAAUCAUUGAUGACAAGUGAAAAUCUCCUGCCAGCAUAUAAAUUGCGUAUUAAUGAAUUAAAAUAUACAGCAGAUAAUUUGGAACCACAUUCGACACGUAUGUAUGAUGAUAGUCAAACUAAAACAACUGAAUUUGCACGUUUACGUGAGAAGAUUCUUGCUGAAAAACCUAUGAAUGCAUCGACAAUCAGUGAUCGGCCAUUACAAAUGGAAUUUGCUGAUAUAACCGAUGCUAUCAAACUCAUGAAACGAUGGGAAUCAGAUACUGAUGAACAAUUAAAAACAGCCAAAUAUUCCUAUGAUCAAACAAUUCAUUUGCAAGAAAAUAUCGCUAAUAUUUUAGCUGAUAUUCGUCGUCUUGUUGAUGAAUCACGUUCAAUUGUUAGUUCGGUUCGUGUUGGUGCACAAUUUAAUCGUACGAGUAGUGUUAGUUUACACAAACCCUAUAGUAAAUCACAGGUUAAUCUUAAUAAACAACAUUCAAAAUUAGCUUUGUCAUUUCGUACAAUGGAACCUGACGGACUUUUAGCUUAUGCCGGUAGUGAAAAUGAUGAUCGAUAUAUGUCGUUAAGACUGAAUCAAAACGGACAAGUCGAAUUUACCUAUGAUCUUGGACAACAGCGGCCAAUGUCCAUUAUAACACCACAAAGAUUUACUAAUAAUCAAUGGUAUGAUGUUACAGGAGAAAGAAUUGGUUCACAUGGCCAUCUAACUGUCGUCGAUGCCGCCGGAAAAGAUAUAUUUGUCGGUACAAGUGAUGCAGAAAGUGGUGGUCAAUCGAUACUUGAUCUAAGCGAUGAUCGAUCAGUAUUUCUUAUUGGUGGAGUACCAUCACAAGUAUCAUUGAAACAAACGUAUCCGCCGUUUGCUGGCUCAAUUUCAAACGUACGUCUCGAUGAUCAUAGUGUUAGUCUAUGGAAUUUUCAAUCAGCUAUGAAUUAUAAUCAAGGAUCAAUCCCAUCGAUGAUUCAACACGAAGCCGUACCUGGUAUUAGUCUUAAAGGUGAUGGUUAUGUUAUAUUUUCUAAGCGACGUUUACGCCGUCUGGAACAUUCAUUUCUUCUAACAAUUAUAUUUAAAACUCAAACGCCCAAUGGUCUUUUACUUGCAUACGGUGGUGGUGAUAUUGAAAAACGUUUCUUUGCUGUACAAAUUAUUGAUUCACAUCCAGAAAUUCUUAUGAAUACAGGCAGUGGUCUUGUUAGUUUACGUCUUGAAGAUAAUGUUAAUGAUAAUAAACUACAUCGUUUACAAAUAAAAAAACAAAAUACAGAAAUCGUUGUUCAAUUGGAUGAUAAACCAUCGGAAUCUAUGUAUGAUCGUGAUGAAGAAUCACGUAUUGAAGGUGGUAAUGAUAAUAUUUAUGUUGGAAAAUAUCUUGGACAAGAUUCAUUACGUGAUGCAAUAACAAGUCGAGGCUUUAGCGGUUGUAUACAAUCCAUAAUGAUCGACCGUACUGAAUUGACAUUUAAAUCUGAACAUUUUAAACGUAGCGGAAAUGUUGAAACGACAUGUUCAAUUGAAGAAACUCUACGUACAGUACAAUUUAAUUAUCUUGAUCAAGAAAGUUACGUUGAAAUUUCGGAAAAAAAUCUAACAACACCAUGGGCUAUAACAGCGCGUUUUCAAACAUCUCAACCAUCGGGUACAUUGAUGUAUAUGAAUAAUGAAAAUGAAUAUAUGAAUAAAUUAAUAAUCUAUUUUGAACAAAAUCAUCUUAUGAUUAAACAUAAAGAUUUACCAAUAAUACGAUGUGAAAAUUUUCUAUCAAAUAUUUGGUGGAAUUAUAUAAGUAUUUAUCGAGAUUCACAAUCUUAUCGUUUAUAUUUAAAUGAUACAGAAUGCGGAAAAUUAGAUAUAGAAAGUGAAUAUAAUAACUAUCAAUUGUUUAAAACAAUAUUUAUUGGUGGUGUACCACAAACUCUAGUGACUGAUGUGCAACGUUUAAUUGGUUGUAUUGGUGAUGUUAAUAUUGAUGGAUCAUUAAUUAAUUUUAAUAAUGUUGUUAAAUUGAAAAAUGUCGAACGAAAUUGUCAAACUAAUGGAAUUCUAAAUAAUAACUAUAAUAGAGGACCCAUUGUUUAUCCAAAAUUUGAUUAUAAUUCUACUCAGCCAGCAUAUACAGAUGGUUAUAAACUUAAAUUAUUUCAAUUAAAUGAUGAUUUCAGUAAUAAAACUCUAAAUUCUGGAAUAUUUCCAUCAGUUGAUAUAAUCAAUGAGCUUGCUAGUACGACAUUUCAAACUAAAAAACGAACAAUGACUACUACAGCAUCAACGAGGACGACAACAACAACAACAACAACAACAACAACUACCACCACCACUACAACAAUAACUAAUAGAAAGACUACUAGUACAAUGUCAAUGGAAAAAGACGAACAAGAUGAUGAUAAUGAUGAUGAUGAAGAUGAAGAAUCCUAUCGUCAACGACGUUCAUGUCGUCUAAGUCGAACACCUUCCGAUGAUCUUGGCCGCGAUAUUGGCUAUCGAUUUGGCGAUGAUCAUCGUGAAAGUCGUGCAUUAAUAACAAUCAUCGAACCAUCGAUUAGUCUUUCAAUGAAUAUUUCAUUUAGAUUGCGAACUCGAUUUACACACGGUUUAGUAUUCUAUUCAGGCAGUGAUCCGUACAAUUCAUAUAUAUUAAAUGAAUUCAUUGCUGUAUGGCUUCAUAAAGGUCGAUUAGUUUUUGCUUUUGAUUGCGGUUCAGGUAAAGGAGAAAUCGAAAGUAUCAAUCGAUUGAAUGAUGAUCAAUGGCAUCAAGUUGAUAUCGUACGAACUGGAAAUAAUGCAACAUUAUUUAUUGACUCGAACUUCGAAGGUUUUAUAAUUCCACCAGGUAGUAAAUUAACAUUAGAAACAGAUGGAAUAUAUCAUUUUGGAAACAUUCCAUCGGAUGAAACAUUCCUUUCGCAUCGCCGCCGUCAAGUGCAUCAUUUUAAAAUUCGACAUCAUCAACUUCAAUUCCAAGGUUGUUUAAGUGCAAUACAUAUUAAUAAUCAACCAGUAACAUUCGAUAUUAAUGUUAAUAACGAAAAUAAUCAUAACAUAAAAACAUGUUAUGAAAAAGAAGAAUCAGGAGUUUUUAUCAAUGGUGAAAAUGAAAUAAUACUUGAAAAUUCAUUCCGUCUUGGUCAACGAUUCAAUAUAUCAUUUCAUUUUAAAUCUCGUGUUAAAAGUGGUAUUAUAUUAGCUGCAACAAGUACAAAUGAGGAUACUUAUUUAUUUGUUUAUCUCGAUAAAGGUAACAUUGUUGUUACGCUAUUACAAAAUAGUGUUGAUGAAAUACAUAUUGUUCAUUGGCCAAACGAUAUUAAUGAUAAUGAAGUGUGUGAUGGACAAUGGCAUACAGUUGACGUUCAAAAAGAUCUAUCAUUCAUUCGUUUAUAUGUUGAUAAAUAUGAGCCAGAUGAAGAACUAUUAUCAAUUGAUUUCGAUUUAAAUACCAAUGGACCAUUAUAUAUUGGUAGAAUGGACAAUUUGCCACCUAUUGUCGAUGAUAUACCUGUUUAUAUUGGUUGUAUAACAAAUGUAAAAAUAUUUGCUGUUGAUAACGAUAAUGAUGAAAAUAAUUCAAUUCGAUAUGCUAAAGCACUUCACUCAGUUGAUGGAAUUCAAUAUUCAUGUCCAACAAAUUAA